GCAAUUAGGCGAAUAAUUUGCAUCUCCCGCCCUCGUCGAUUGCUGCAAUUUUAAAAAAUUGCAACUUUGGCCAUAUGAGAUUGCUGCAAUUAGUUGAAACAUUCACUCAACCCUCCAAUUAGGUUGUACGCACAUCAAUUCAAUCACCUUCAAUUCUCACGGCACCUAAUUACCCAGAUCUAGAUCGAAUUCAAAAAAAAAACCUAGAAAAACUCCUUCUUCAUCUUUGGUUUUGCGAUUUCCAUAGUCAAUUUCUUCCCCCUUCUACACAAAUCUUACCCCCAUUAACUCCGUUCUUCAUCUUGGUCUGGUCCUUCGCCGCGCGGCCACCGGAAAAAUUUAUUGUUCUCUCCUCCGCGAACCUUGUUGCAGAAAAGGGGAGGGAGGAAGAUGGAUUUAUAAUACGAAAUUGAGGUACGAAAUUGAGGUACGAAAUUGAGGUCUCCCUGCAAAUUGAGGUACGAAAUUGAGGUCUCCCUGCAAAUUCAGGUCUCCCUGCAAAAAUACGAAAUUGAGGACCCCUUGCUGGUAUUGCUAGUUUCUUGAACCAAAUCAUCCAUUUGACCUAUCAAGGCGUGAGUUCUUCCACUAGGAAAUGGUGACGCCGCCGCCAAAGAAGAAGGCUAAACCGCACCAUGGUAAAGGAAGUGAGAAAGGGAGCACCAAAGGUAGUUGUGUCCUUAAAAAGGGAUCUGGAUCAAAAAACAAAGAUACAUAAAAAAGUGAUAACCCCAUUGGUAGUAAAGUUGAUGGCCUUAGGGUGGAGUGUGAACUACUAUCUUACAUGAUGUCCAAUAUGCCUAAAUUUUCAUCAGCAUUAUCACUUCCUGCUUCAAUUUUCUCGUACAAAAAGGACACACCGACUUCUGUCAAAUCUCGUGAUAUCUCUGAGUUUCUCACGAAGAAUUUCGCCGGUAUUAAAGUACUUCAAGUUUAUAUGAUGUACUUGUAUCAUGAAUACAUAUGCCCCUUAAAGUUGUCUCAUAUUAACUUUUUGUGUCCCGAUGCAAUUUAUUGUGCCGCAAUGAAGAAGAAUCGUUUAAGCGUUAUUGACUAUAUAAAAGAUGCUUUUUUAAAUGAAAGGAAAAAGGAUGUGCAGUCAAAAUUCUUGUUGGCUCCCUACCAUGAAGGGAAUCAUUGGGUUCUUAUCGUCCUGGAUCUUGUCCUUGGCCUAGCAUACGUGUUUGAUUCGGCCACUCCUCCCCCUCCCGGGACACGGAAGUUAGAAGGGUUCAAUUGUAUACAAAUGGCAUAUAGAAUUUAUUGGACUAAUCUUGAAAAUGACAAACGGAAGAUUAAGUCACAAAAGUUACGAUUCAUACAGAUGAAGUGUGCUCAACAAGUUGAUGCAGUGGAUAGUGGUUAUUAUGUGAUGAAAUACAUGCAUGAUGUUGUCACAGUAUACAAUGAAUACAAGGAUAAUUUGUCUGAGGGUUAUGUACAAAGAGAAAUGCCAUAUUCUGAUGAGGAGUUAGAAGAAACUCGAGAACAAUGGGCAAAGUAUUUUAAGGACAACUAUUUGAUGGAUGCCGGCGAAUGAGUUUGUUGUGAUCUAGUAAUGUUAUGUUUUAUGUUUUUGUUAUGUGUUGGAUAUGAAGUUGGAUGCUACUUGGAGCAUAUAUAUAUAUGUAGUUGUUGGAACA